AUGUCAGCUACUACUCACCUCCUGGCCCCAGAGUUGGCAGGAUACCUACGUCCGAAGAGGGUCCACGCCGCCAUAGGGAAUGUUCACAACGAGGACGCACUCCUGUCUGGCGUUCGAGACUUUCAGGCUCCAGCUAGCCAAGUCUGCACGCUGACAAGUGGCACAGAUGACCGGGCGAGCGUGGUUCUAGACUACGACGUUGUCGUCUGUGGCGUCCCAGUCUUCUUUGUCCAUUCUGUGUCCCCCGCAGCAGGCGAGACCGAAGUGGUUCUAGAGGCCACUUACUCGGAGGCCCUGGCGUAUAUUGACCGUGAGGAUGGAGACGGUCCGUUUCCAUUCACUGCGGGGGCAGACACCCUCCGAGCAAACAGAUAUCGCAUUGACCGGCCUGGUAUGAUCGAGCACUUUCAGCUACAAGGGGGCCAGCGAUGGCAGAGACUCGAGCUGGUGACACCCGGCUCGAUUCGACUGACCUUGGUCGGAUUCAAGCCAACAACCUACAACCAAGAACCGGCCGAUAUGACUGGGUACUUUGAGUGUUCCGACUCCCAGCUCAACCAGAUCUGGGCUACUGGAGCUCGAACAGUUCAGAUUAAUUCCAUCCCUGCAAAGUCCACCGUUGCAAACUGGCAGGUCCUCAGCUCCGGAACGCUCAUCUCAUCCCAGAGAGCCUCGCACUACACCUGGGGCGGCAACUGGACAGACUAUGCAGUCCAGGUCGAGACGAAUAUCAUCGACGGCGGAUUCGCCCUGGCAAUUCGGUCACGCGGAGGGUUCGGACCUCUGUUCCAAUUCUACCUGGACGGAGCAAACCUCAAGAUCGAUUUUCUUUACGGAUUCUACAACCAAGCUCAGAUUACGCUGUGGCAGACCUUCUGUGGCUCCUGUGAGCAUAACGUGAAGGCCCUUGGCCUCGCCGAAGGCAUCUGGAAGAGAUGGGAAAUCACGGCGUACGGAGACGAGGAAUACGUCAUUCUCCUCGAAGGUGAGGUUCUGACCUCCUUUAAGCAGCUGCAGGGCGAGAGGAGGGACGCCAACGGCCGUGUCAAAUCCAUCGCGCCUCACGAGGGUAGCUUCGGCUUCGGCACUGGGAAGGGCCAGACAGCCAUGUUUCGGAAUUGUCGAGCCGUGUCCCGCAACGGAGAUCUUCUCUACUCCAGCACCAUGAGGGACCCUCACGUCCUCUCCGACUUCGCCGUCGGGACAAACCAUCUGCCCUGCAUGUUGGACGGCGGGAAGCGAGACAGAGCCGUGUGGCUUGGCGACACCGUCGUCCCAGCGCUCGCAUUGUACUACUCAACAGGGAUGUUCGACUUCGUGCUAGGGUCUAUCGAGGCGUGUCUAUCGCGGCAGAGGGAGGACGGUACUAUCCCGGCCUUUGCUCUGGUCGGCAUAUCAGGGUUGGACGCCAGCCCUGAGCACGAGGUCACGCCGCCCUACCACAUACUUGCGGGUACCUUUACCAUGUACGUGGUUCGCCUCUGCUCCGAUUAUCUACUGUAUACUGGCAACGUCGGGUACAUCCGCUCCAUUUACCCCAGGCUGCAGAAACUUAUUUCGGUUAUCGCAGACAAGGUCGACGAGAGGGGCCUUGUGACUCUCGAGGGCUUGUGGGCCAUGGAUAGCGACUAUUACAACAAGAGCCGGAGCGGCAGUACCACCAAGAACAAUGCCGUCUACGUCAUUGCCCUCCAGCGCAUGACCUUGGUUGCCGAGGCUCUCGAUGACCUCGCGUCCGCAGAGGACUACCGCAAACGGGCUGAGAGGGUCAGGGCUGCAGUCAACGAGAGGCUCUUUAACAAAACGACUGAGCUGUACGACGCCUCCGAAAACAACCGCGACAUUGUUUCCGAAGACGCCAACGCUUUCGCUCUCCUAGCCGACUUCCCCAGCAGUAUCGGCCAACGCAAGACAAUCCUCAGGCGUCUCCAUGCGCUCAAGUCUCCUGGAGGAUACCUGUCCUUUGACAAAGAGUCGGGCUACAUGGAGACGCCCGUGGUAUCACCUAUCAUGAAUGGGUGGCACGCUGAGGCGGCCCUGCAAGUCGGAGACUUAGACAACUUUAACGACGCCAUCGACAUUUGGCGGUCAUGCUGGGGCCCCAUGGUUGACCAGAAUACGCCAUAUUAUUCCGGUCUACUCACUUGGGGUCUAUGCUUUAGGUCUGUUCCCAACGAGGCCUGGAUGGUCGAGAUUUGA